AUGAAGCAACAGCAGCAGCAGAAGUGGCUUCAAGGCCACGCUGACACGUCGCCCCAGCUGUGGGCCGCUAGACGGAGCACGCGCGUGUGGCGGCGGCCUAGGGAACCAGCAGGUGUCCUAGCAGCGGCGGCCGCGACUACACAAGCAGGCGGCAGAGCUGCGGCCGUUACCUGCAGUGGACUAGAAGGGACCCCGGCACCUGCUGCGAGCGCGCGCGGCGUGUCGGUGGCCGUGUUGUGUGGCCAGGCGGCGGCGAGCUCGUCUGAGCGGGCACUGGCUGGCGGCGGGCAGGCGGCGCCGCGCUUCGCAGCAUCCGCGGUCGAUACAGCCGGCCGGCCCGCCACACUCGCCGAGGCGCGCGCGCGCCCUAGCGCCGGGGGCAGGCAGCAGGCGGCGGGCUGCGGGCUGCGGCUGCCGCCCCCGCGUUCGCGGCUCACUGGAGCAACUGACAGCCCACCCUUUGACCUGCGCAGCUUCCGAAGGCGCGACACCACAGCCCUGCCUGGCUCUGCCAGGUGCCGCGGCCGCCGCCUCUUGCCGUGGUGGCGCGUGUGUGCUGGACCUCUACAGGCUGACUUUUGCUAA